AUGGGUUCGGAGGAUGAGACUAAGUCUGGUCAUCAUAUUGUCCGAGCAGAUGAGGUGGAUCAAACAGGGACAGAUAUAUCCCCGAUGCCUGACGACCAACUCAUGCCAAAUCUAGUACGAGAUUUCAAAGCAGAACAGUCUCGAAAACUCGAAGAAGAGUUUCCAGAAUUUCCCCAGCGCCAUCCAAAACCGCCAGUGCGUCCAGAGCUGAGGCCUGAUGUUAUUGUUCCUCCGCCGCCACUGCAACCGCCGCCGCCAACUCCAUCCCCGCAAAAUAUAGGCCACCCCACCGAUUCCCUAAGUCUGGCUCAAUUACGAAAAAUUGUCCAAGACUUUCCAAAGUCUGAACAGCAGCCAGUAUAUGCAUUUCACUACGCAGAUACUGAACCAUUUUCAGACGAGUUGAACGAAUGGUUUCAGUAUACUGAAGUUGACCAGUUAAUGUUACUUGGAUCGAAAUCAUCCUUUGAGCAAAGUUGGUACCGGUUCAGCCAAUCGUUAUCAAAGGAGAACACGUCGGAGACUUCUUGGCUUCUCGCAAGCGAGAGCUCGAGAAGGGGUUUUAUGGAGAUGAACAUGUCUUGUCUUUCAAAAAGCAAGGAUUUGUUGUCACGAAUUGAGGCUCUGGAAACUACUUGCUAUCUCGUUACAGGGGUCUGGGGUCUCACUGCAGGAAAGGUUGACGAGGAAUAUCCUUUGGAACCUACUAAAACAGAAGCAGAAAAAACCCCAAAGAAUAUGUCAUUACAAAUUCGAUGGAUGGAGAAGAACGUAGAUCUCUUUCGCAAGACAAAUGGUAUAUACAUAAUAUUCAAUCACUUACAAUCCGCAUUUGAAUUAUACCAGACAACAGAUCAAGAUGAUAUGAAAACUUUUGGACGAGAAAAUUCAGCAGCAGCUUAUUUCUCUGCUCGUGAUAGAGAAUUGAAUCUAAUUCUCACUAUUUUCUAUUUGAUCAUAGAGGUUGCACGGAGAGAGGAGACCCUUCAUCCAGAUGCGCCGUACCUUAGGAAUGCACUAGCGGCUUUGAAGCCAAGCUACCUUGCUGUGGUAACCCGAAUCAUUGCUCGAUUACGGUGGGAGGAUGUUAGCAAAGUCCCAUUGACGAGACUUAUCCUUUUAUUUUGGAAAUCUAUUUUGCUACUAUUCGGGGGCUCCGAUAGCUUGAAGCGCGCCAAAGCCUCUUUGGAGCCACAAUUCGACGCAAAAGCUUCCAGUUCUAAAGCAUCUUUGCCAAUCCUCACAGCCUCUCCUCUUGAUUACCAAACAUUCCGGCAAGAAAUAAUGUCCAAAUACCCUGCCUAUAAUCCUCCACCGCCAUUAUUUGCUUUGGAGCUUGAAAAUAAUUCCAUUCUCCCUCCACCUCCAAAUGUAUCAAUGCGAGUAAACCAAUCAACAAUAUUUCCGGGGGGGUCGACCUCGUUUGGAACAGGAAACGGCUCUAUUCUUAAUAAAUCUGUUCACAUUGCAACGCCAGCCCCUUCCCCACCUCCUUCGCCUGGUGGGCCAGGAAAAAGCGGUAAAAAACAAAACUAUCAGACAAAUCAAAAUUUCCCUUUCAUGUACCCCCCGUUGGAUAGCGCUAGCAAUAAUAUUGGCGGCAAAGGCUCAAGUGGGCUUCAAGACACGUUGGUUGGUCAAAAGUGGGAAGGUGGUGAUGUGCCAGCUUCAAUUAUCGAGGCUGGAAAGCUUUUUUCAAGUCGAACGCGCAUGACGCGGUCUAUUAGACAGCUCUGGGAAGCACGCGAGCAGUUUAUGAAGUAUGAUAGAGGCUGGGAUGCAGAUACGGAUGCGGCAAGCCUUGAACAUCAAGAGAAUAAUGACGACAAUUUGGCGGCUGGUACUAGCUGCUUAUCUAAAGAGACAGAUGACGAAGACGUACAACGUCGCUUGGAUACUGUCGAGGAUUUCUAUAACCAAAUAUUGCCCAAUCUUCAAUCCGUCAUCAUUGUGAUGUUGAAGGAAAUACUAACCAAUAUAACAGCCGCUAUUGGAACGUCUGAUGGAGAUCUUAGCUCAAAUGACUAUAAGGAAGGACCAGUGAUGAAUGACGUUUUUCAGCUGCCUGCUAAUGCUGAGACAAAACCAUCUCAUAAACUAGAGGAGCUUGGAGAUCUUAGAUGCCGUGAGAUUAAGUCGAAAGCCAUCUCUGGUGUGCUGCUGCUAUUGUUGAAAUGGUUUAAACGCUCCCAUAUCCUUAAAAUGGAAUACAUGACACAACUCCUACUUGAUUCUAAUUAUUUGCCCUUAAUCUUGAAAAUGUUGAUACAUAAAGACCUCGACAAGUCCGUUGCCCAAAAGAAUGAUCGGCAAAACCAAAGCUUUUUCCACUUCUGUCACCUUCAUUCAGAUCAACCACCUGAAUUUGAUCCUACACCUGAGAUUAGAAACCAAGAGGAUAGUGAAGAUGAGGCUGUUCCACCCCCAAUUUCCCGUAGUCGAUCUUCGCUAUCGGUACUUCACUCCGGCUUUUCAAAGGAACCAGUGCCGGAUCAAACGAGUCUAAAAGACGAAUGUCUACCAGAAGUUAACGAAUUGGGAUUUCCCACAGCCCCCCUUCCCAUUGCACCUAUCACUGACUUUUCGUUUCGGAACUUCUUCUCGGCCAUAAACUAUCUCCAUAUAAUGCAGAAAAUCACUCGCGACAAAGCCCAUCGCUGCCUACUUCUUGUUCAGUAUAAAUCUAGUGCUGUCUUGCAUGCAGGCAUUAAGAUCCCCAACCCCGAUCUCCGCUUGUACACUUUGAAACUUUUCAAAUCUCAGGUCCCCUACUGCGGCCGCAAGUGGCGCCAAUCUCAUAUGCGCAUCAUUACCGCGAUAUACUUGUACUGCCGGCCCGAGUUGCGUGAUGACUGGCUAGCAGGUGCAGAUAUCGAUGCUGAAGUGGAAAACUCACUACCGAUGGAGCAAGCUUUAAGGGGGUUGACUCAUUGGUGGCAUAUGAGGCAGUAUAAGGACGCUAUGGCAGUAGAAGGAGGCCAAGUAUUAAUGGACGAAGAAAGAGAUUUCUUUUCUCGAGAACUAGAGACAAUGGGCUGGGGUUUUGCCGGAGAGGAGAUCUGUACAGGUACAGGUGAUGACGUAAACGGUGUGGGAGUCGAUGGCCGAGGUGGUGGUCUAAAUGAUUUUGACCCAGUGCCGUGGUAG